GUCCCUGCCUGACCAGUCAACGCAUCGCAAUGCACCACACCCACCAUAUCUGCUGUCUGAGCCUCAGGCUGAGGCUGAGCCAGAUGAGGGAAGAAGAACAGAGGGUGAAGGAGAUAGAUGGAUGGAUGGGAGAUAUCCCAUCAAUCAAAGCUCUUCUCUUAUUUUGACCAGUCAAUCCUCACUCCAUUCGCUUUCACUCUUUCCGUCUCCAGGAGCUUUGACAAAUUGAGCGCCAGGCCACUGUUUUCAUGCUCGACUUCAUUUCCACAACCACCAAACAAGCGUCGUCGCCGUCGUCAUCGUCGUCUUUUGUUCUUCUCUCUCUCAUUCAUUAGUAUCGUUUGUUUCCCCUAAACUUGUUCCUGUUUUCUCUUUUCAACGGCAGGAAUUGAUGACCGAAAAAUAUGCUUUGGCAUGGCGUACAUAAAGAUUCGGACAAGCACUCGCACUCGACGGAGAUUAGGCAACUCUCUUUUUCCAAGAAAGAAAAGAUCCUCUACAACUAAUUUCAAAGAGGAAUGAGAGUACAUGUAUGGAAGUAAAGAUGGACAGCUUUAAGUGUACAAAACAUAAGUCCUGCUCCAAUUAAUGCAUGAGAGACAUCUACUGCGUCCUAAAUAGUCACAGACAGAUCCCUCGAAGUACAUCUCUCUUCUUUGUACGUAUUCAUAUAUUUUUUGGGGCGGACUGGACUGGGACUGGACUGGACUGGUAUAUGUUUUUAAAUAUCUCACGAGAAGAUAAAAAGGCAAGCAAAGGCGAGAGAGAGCCGUGCUGUGAUGGAUGACAUGCAAUAAUAUUCACGACACAUGUUCAACCCGGAUCACCAGAAUCUCUGCGGUGGAGGCGCACCUUCCGGCCCGCCCAUGGCCAGCCCCCGCAUCUCCUUCUCUAGCGACUUCCUGAUGGAGGUGCCGACGGCGCGCGCCCCCUCCGGCUCGCCGCCGGACCCCAACUUCGAGUUCUUGGUCGGCAGCCACCCGAUGAUCACAGCCGACCAGCUCUUCUCCAAGGGCAGGUUGCUGCCUCUCAGGGACCCCUACGCGGCCGGCUCAAGCGGCCGCGGCGGCCUCACCACCCUCCGCGACGAGCUCCGGGAAAAAGAUGACUCAGGCGCUGCUGCCGCCGCCGGAUACGGCAGGGAGCGGCCGCCGAAGGGCGCGUCCAUCAAGUGGAAGGAGCUUCUCGGGCUCAAGAAGUCGCGUGGCUCCGCAUUGAAGAAGAUAGAUAAAAGCGAAGGCGCUGCGGGGGACGCAGAUGCGAAUCUCGACAGAGCAAUGCAGGAGGAUACGUAGAACAGAGGAGCUAGCUCGAUCUGGAUGCUGCAACAUCGGCAAAACGUUGAUCAACGACACUAAUUAAUCUAGCGAUAUAGUAACAUUUUGCCCUCUCUCUCUCUCUCUCUCUCUCUCUCUCUCUUUUUCCUCCAUCUCUAUGUUGGUGUUUUGUUUGUUCAUCGAGGUGGAGUUCUUUCACUUGAUUUUAGGUUAACUGCUGGAACUUUUUCAAUCUUUUCAAUUCCUAGACAUUAGCGGGCUAGCUGUUUGUAAGAAUUAGUUAGGUCUAUGGGCUUUAACUCUCUCAUUAAUCUGUGUAAUUGUGCGAGGAAAUUAUAUAUAAAUUUCCUAUUCAAAUCUUGAUGAUCUGAUCCUGAGUUCGGAUCGUUGGGAAUGGGACUCUUUAA